UUUGGCCGAAAAAUCGUCUUUAGUGACGAAGCGCAUUUUUGGAUGAAUGGCUAUGUUAACAAGCAAAAUUGCCGUAUUUGAGACAAUACCAACCCACACGAGGUUCAACAGGUAACAAUGCAUCCACAAAAAGUUACUGUUUGGUGCGGAUUUUGGGCCGGCGGUAUCAUUGGUCCGUACUUUUUUGAAAAUGACGUUGGUGAGGCCAUCACCGUCAAUGGUGAGCGAUACAGAACGAUGAUAACCGAUUUUGUUUUUCCCAAAAUGAACGGUAUGGACGUAGACGACAUGUGGUUUCAGCAGGAUGGCGCUACGUGCCAUACAUCCAACGCUACGAUAGCCACUCUGAAUGGCAAAUUUGAGGGUAUGGUUAUCUCUCACCGAGGAGACGUGAAUUGGCCACCAAGAUCGUAUGAUUUGACCCCAUUAGACUUUUUCUUGUGGGGUUUCCUGAAGUCGCAAGUCUAUGUCGAUAAGCCGAAAUCGACAGAUGACCUUAAAGUGAACAUAACCCAGGCCAUUGCUCAAAUUCAACCGGAUCUAUGCGGCAGAGUCAUUGAAAAUUGGACCACUCGGAUUCGUGCCACUAUGAGAAGCCGUGGGACAUUUAAACGAUAUUAA